GGCAUAUAACGUCCGAACCCGCUGAAAUAAGGGACGGAUUUCAACCGGAGUGGGUUUUCGCUCCACCCGUAAGGUUGCGGAGAGUGGGAAGUCGACUGGUGUUUACCGACGCCAAGAACUCGAAAAGAAAGGAGAGCGCGAGAUUCUUGCUCUCCCUCUCUGGGGAAGGGAAGGGCAGGGAAGAGAGAUGCAGGGGCUUCAUCACCAGCAGCAGCAAUUGGCGGCGCUUCUCGCGGCCGCGCUUCCCAAGGACGAUCCGUCGCCAUCCCUUGCUGCUCCUUCAGUCCCUUCUUCCGCUUCAACUUCUGUUUCUGCUUCGCCUUCUCCUUCGACUUCCGCUCCUUCAGAUGACGACUCCGCCAGAGUCUCCGCUAUCAACUCCCUCAACCGCGCAAUUCUUCAUCCUCACAACGCGCUGGUUGUCUCUCACUCCGCCUCCUUCCUUGCACAGGGCCUCUUCCAACUCCUAUCUGACAAGUCAUACACAGUGAGGCGGUCAGCAGUUAUUGCCUACGGGUCUCUUUGUUCGUUAUCAUGCUCCAGUCAGUUGUCUGCAAAUGGAAGACAGACUUCCAUCAUGGUUGGUGGUUUGGGAGACCGGUUUAUAGGAUGGGCAUUGCCAAAGUUGAGGAACAUGCAUGUAAAUAACGGAGAAGCUGAGCUGGCUUUGGAAGGGUUGCGUGAAUUUCUCAAUAUUGGGGAUGCAGGAGGAACUGAUCGGUAUGUACUACCCAUUCUGAAAGCUUGUCAAGAACUUCUUGAGGAUGAAAGAACCUCCUCAAAUCUUCUCCGUCAGCUUCUAGACAUCCUGACUGUCAUUUCCUUGAAAUUUAGCCUUUCAUUUCAAUCUCAUUUUCUGGAUAUUGUUGAUCUGCUUCUUGGAUGGGCUUUGUUACCGGAUCUUUUGGAAUCAGAUAGAUGCGUAAUCAUGGAUUCCUUCUUGCAGUUCAAGAAACACUGGUUGGGAAAUUUGCAAUUCUCACUUGGGUUAUUAUCAAAAUUUUUGGGUGACAUCGAAGCUGUACUUCAGGAUGGAACGCUUGGAACCCCAAAGCAGUUGACUCGACUCCUUCCUCUCCUCUCUUGCUUUUUAACUGUUCUUCAGAUCAUUGCUUCUGGUAUGCUUGAAAUCAAUUUGCUCAAUCAAAUAAGUUCACCACUUGAAGAUAUGCUCCAUCGAUUAUUAGCUUGCCUUUUGAUGGUUGGGACAAGAUUUGGGUGGUCAAAGUGGAUGAGAGAGUGUUGGAGCUGCUUGAUUCUGUUUGCGGAGAUAUUGCAAGAAAAAUUUGCGGUUUUCUAUACAAUGGCGUUUGAUAUUCUGUUUCAGAAUAGUAUUUCUGCUGCUGUAGGAUGUCGCAGCAUGCCAUCAUUUGAAGCAAAUGGCAUAUUAAAGACAAACUUUCAAUUAUUAUCACUGCAAAAGUUUGCUCUUCUUCCUUCAACCAUUCAAAGGAUACUUGAGCUCAAUUCACCUAUGUCACUCUUGCGCUUGCAUCCAAAUUUCCUUGUAACUGGAACAUUGGCUGAAACAUACCUGUUCUUAUUUCAACAUGAUUGUAAUGGAGUUGUGGAACAGGCUAUAACUUCAUUAUUGGAGGAGCUGGAACUCUUAAAAAGCAUGCUUGAAGUGUUCAAUGUUGGAAAUCUCAAGGGUGUUGUAAUGGCUGGCAAGUUAUGCAAGGAAUUGGAUGGUGCAAAUGGUUUCUCACAGGAUGAGUUGCUUGCAGUCAUAAAAUUUGACUUAAAAAUUCUGAUAGCUUGUGUUUGUCUGGAAAAUAGGAAGAAUAUAUUGGACCAGCUAGAGGUUUUUAGCUCCAAAUUUAACAGAUCUGUGAAAUUUUCUUCUUUUAUUCUUGAAAGGAUGAAUCCUUUUAAAGCACCCUUUCAGGCGUUUGCUGACCUCCAAGUCCAGAUUGUAAAGGCAUUACAGAAGCUCAGUAUAGUUGAGCUUGAGAGCAAAAUAUCUUUAGCUAAGGGCAACAAACCAACUUCUGGUGAUCCAGCGGACUUUCCAGGUUCGACUAAUCUUCAUGAUGCAGCAGAUGUUCAAAUCACUCAGUAUUUAAGCAAGUACAGCAGACACAUUGUUGCAGCUUUGCAUGAAACUUGUCCCAUAACUGUUAAACUUGAAGCACUAGAUUGGAUCCAGAGAUUUUGUGAUGUUGUCAUGACCAUCAAGGGAGAUGCCGAUUUAUGUGGUUUUUCGAAUAAAAGCUAUUUUUAUUGUGAUGCGAAAAGACAUGCAAGCAUUGGAAUGUAUUUGCUUUAUGCAGUCCUAGACGCUGCAUUUGAUAGAGAGGUGAAGGUGAGGUCUCAAGCAACGGCAGUUCUGGAUCUUCUUCUUCAAGCUUCUCUGAUUUCCCAUGUACAUUUUCGUGCUGUUGCCGAAGUUUCUCUUGAGAAGCUUGGUGACCCAUGUAAUUCUAUUAAAAAUGGUUUUCUUAGGGUUCUUUCUGUUGUCUUGCCACUUACCUUUUACAUAGGUGGCAUGUCCAAGGAUGAACUUGGAGCAUCUCAGAGGCAUGGUGUCUCUUUCAUUUGGAUGGGCACCAGCAGUUAUUGGCACUGGAAGCAAUUGUUUGCUGUGAAGCAGCUCCUCAGGCAAUUCAAGCCGCAACACCUUGUGUCCAUUUUCAGCUACAUUUCUCAGAGAUGGAAAGUAUCUCUUUCUAAUUGGAUCCAGCGCCUGGUUUUCAGCUGCCAAAUAAAUGUCAAUGAUUUUAUACGAGGCCAUCUCAGUAAUACUGAGGAACUUAAGCCUGAUGGAUUGUGGAUGAAUUUAAAAAUAGGGCCGCAUAUUCUAGACAAAAUCUGCUCUGUGAACGUUCUGGCGGCUGCAUGGUUGUCUAUACACGAGGCAGCAAGAUAUUGCAUUCUUGUCCGUCUUCGAACUCACCUUGGUGGACCAACUCAGACAUUUGCUGCUCUUGAACGGAUGCUCAUGGAUGUAGCACAAGUACUGCACGUUGACUCUGAGCACCAAGAUGGCAGCUUAAAUAUAGCAUCGAAUACUCACUUAUUGCCAAUGCGCCUUCUCUUAGAUUUCGUUGAGGCCCUUAAGAAAAAUGUUUAUAAUGCAUAUGAUGGAUCUUCUGUCUUACCACCCUCGACACCACAAAGCUCCUUAUUUUUUCGAGCAAAUAAGAAGGUAUGUGAGGAGUGGUUUGCUCGAAUUUGUGAGCCAAUGCUGAAUGCCGGGUUAGCACUACAGUGCUAUCCAGCUAUACUUCAUUAUAGUGCUUUACGCUUGUACGACCUGCGUAACACAGUAGUGUCAGCAUUGAAGGACAAGCAUCGGGGGCAGGUUGCGGAAGGUCUGCGUCAGCAUCGAGCUAAAAAUACUGAGGAAGUGUUGAAGGUCUUGAGGUAUGCGUCUCUUGCCAUGUGCAGGAGUCAUGAUCCAGAUGCAUUAGUUGGCUUACAAAAAUGGGCAACAGUUACAUUUUCCUCAUUACUUCAGGAAGAAUUCCAAUCUACGAGUGGAUAUAUUGCAGGCAGUGGGCAAUUUUCUUGGAUGAACGGACUUGCAUAUCAAGCACAAGGCCAUUAUGAAAAGGCCGCUGCUCAUUUCACUCAUCUGCUUGAGUGUGAGGAAGCCCUCAGUUCUUUAGGAUCUGAUGGAGUGCAGUUCACAAUUGCACGAGUUAUAGAAUGUUAUGCGGCUCUUUCAGACUGGAAAUCAUUAGAAUCAUGGCUACUCGAAUUACAAGGUCUCCGUGCUAAACACGCUGGCAAAAACUAUUCAGGUGCUUUAACCGCUGCAGGGAAUGAAAUGAAUGCAAUUCUUGCCCUUGCACGUUUUGAUGAAGGAGAUGUCCAAGGAUCUUGGAGUUACCUUGAUUUAACACCAAAGAGUAGCACUGAGCUUACCAUUGAUCCUAAGCAGGCCCUGCAAAGAAGUGAACAAAUGCUUUUGCAGGCAAUGCUUCACAAAGAUAUGAAUAUGGAUAAAACAGUAGAAGAGUUAAAGAAAGCUGAAGUCAUGUUGGAGGAAGUCCUGUCGGUUGUCCCACUUGAUGGGUUGAAUGAGUCCGCAGCUUAUGCUACACAACUUCACUGCAUACGUAUAUGUGAUGAAGGUUGCAAGUUUCUGCGAGGUCAAAAUCAGUCUAGUCUGACCUCAACAGUGCGAAGUCCACUGCAUCAGGUUUGGACAUCACCAGUUAGCCAGAUUCAUCAAGAUUGCGGUCUGUGGUUAAAAGUUUUGCGGGUAUAUCGUACUGUUAUGCCCAACUCAGCAGCAACUUCGCAGCUUUGUCUUCAGCUGAUCACCUUGGCUCGUAAGCAGACAAAUUUUAUGCUGGCACACCGUUUGCAACAUUACCUGAUGGAAGUUCUACCGACAUGCCCUAAAUGUGAGCUCAUGGACACGCUGUCUACCAGUCUGCAGUAUGAAAAUAUCUUACUUAAAUAUGCAGAAGCCAUAUAUGAGGAUGCUUUGGCAAGUCUGUGGUCCUUUGUGCACGGUUACAUGUUAUCACCUCCAAAUGCUGUACUUACGGAUUGUAAUGGCACUCUAAAGGCUAAAGCAUGCUUGAAGCUUGCAUCUUGGUUGAAACAGGAGAAUCUUGCAGUAGAUUGGGAAAAUGCUCUUGUGAAAAUCCAUGCAGACUACCUGGAAUUCAAUUUGUCUAAUGUAUCUAUUGAUGAGCAUGAAUCACUAAUGAGCAAGAAUCGAUCAGAUUCUGAUGUUUAUUUAGUUAUGAAGGAAAUUGCAGGGAUAGCUACAAAAUUAUCUACUCGCCUCUGCCCCAAGAUGGGGAAGGCAUGGUUUUCUUAUGCUUCAUGGUGUUAUCAUCAAGGCAUUUUAUCACUUGCAAAGCAUCCUCCUGCACUCCAGUCAUCUUCUCUUUCAUCUGUUCUUUCUCCAGAAGUUUCAUCAGGCAGGUUUGCAUUGACUAGAGAAGAGAUCCUGAGAGUGGAGUCCGUUAUUCUAAAUCUUUUUCUCAAUAAGGCAAAAGGUGUGAAAGGUGCAAGCAUGGUUGAAGAAGAGGUCAUUGUAUGGUCUGGCUCUGAAUUCCAUUUAGAAGACGGCACUGCUAUAAGGGUUCUAAUUGAGCGAGCAAUCUAUCUGAUUCAAGCUGCAGCUGGUGCACCUGGUGUCGAAGACUUAGAUGGUGAAAGCAUUUCAAGCAAACUGGCCGCACAGCUGCAGUUUUUGUUUAUCAAUGCAGAUGCUGCCGCAGAAAAAAGUGGUAUUCUUUCUUCAGUAAAUGAAUUGGUUGAUAUCUGGUGGUUGCUGAGGCGGAGAAGACUGUCAAUGUUUGGGCAUGCUGCUAAGGGUUUUAUUCAGUACCUUUCAAUGUCCACUGUUGAUAAUAAGGAGGCAUAUUUAAGCGAUAGUUUAUAUUCUGAUAUGGGUAGGCAGAAGAAAGACAAUGGCAUUCUUAGAGCAGCAUUACAUGUCCUGCAUAUUCUUCUGAACUAUGGUGUGGAGUUCAAAGAUAUCCUUGAACAUGGGUUCUCAACUGUUUCUGCAUUGCCUUGGCAGGAAAUUACACCACAACUAUUUGCUCGUGUGAGUUCCCAUCCUCAGCAAGUUGUUAGGAAACAACUGGAGGGUUUGUUAUUGACAUUGGCUAAAAUGUCUCCGUGGUCUAUUGUUUAUCCCACGUUAGUUGAGAUAAAUGCUUAUGAGGGAGGACCAUCAGAAGAGCUUCAGCACAUUUUAGGCUGUUUGGUUAAGCUUCAUCCCAAACUGGUUCAAGAUGUUGAACUUGUAAUAAAUGAAUUAGGGUCCAUUACUGUUCUAUGGGAGGAACAGUGGCUUGCCACACUUCAAGAUCUUCAUACAGAUGUCAUACGUCGCAUAAAUGUGCUGAAAGAAGAAGUUUCACGAGUUGCUGAAAAUGCAACACUUAGUCUUUCUGAGAAAACCAAAAUAAAUGCUGCUAAAUACUCGGCUAUGAUGGCUCCAAUAGCAGUGGCCUUGGAACGCCGUCUGGCUUCAACUUCUCGGAAACCAGAAACUGCUCAUGAAACCUGGUUCCAAAACGAGUAUGGAGAGCAACUUAAGUCUGCAGUUUCAGCAUUCAAGGUGCCACCUACUUCUGCUGCUGUACUUGCUGAUGUCUGGCGGCCAUUUGAUGCCAUUGCAGCAUCUCUGGCAACUCAUCAGAGAAAACCAACUAUUACUUUGAGUGAUGUUGCUCCACAGAUGGCACAUUUUUCAGCUUCUGAUGUCCCAAUGCCUGGUCUUGAAAAAAAUGUUACUCCAUAUGAAUCUUUUGAAAGUUUUUGUCCAGAUCUGCAGGGAAUCAUUACAAUUUCUUCCUUUUGUGAACAAGUGGUCAUCUUAUCAACAAAGACAAAGCCUAAAAAGUUGGGCAUUGUAGGUUCAGAUGGAAAAAAAUACACGUAUCUUUUGAAGGGGCGAGAAGAUCUGCGCCUUGAUGCAAGGAUCAUGCAGUUCUUGCAAGCUGUGAAUAGUCUUUUGUACUCGUGCAAGGAUGCACGUAGUCGGUCCCUUUUUGUUCGUCAUUACUCUGUGACUCCCAUUAGUGGCCGGGCUGGUCUUAUCCAGUGGGUAGACAAUGUAAUCAGUAUUUAUAGUGUAUUUAAAUCUUGGCAGAGUCAUAUGCAGGUUGGACAGGUUUCUGCAAGUGGCGCUGGGAAUGGAAAUGGUGCACAUCCACCAGUUCCUCGCCCGAGUGACAUGUUUUAUGGAAAAAUUAUACCAGCACUAAAGGAGAAGGGAAUAAGGAAAGUAAUUUCACGAAGGGAUUGGCCUCAUGAAGUCAAGCGGAAGGUUCUUCUAGAACUUAUGAAAGAAGUACCAAGGCAACUGUUGCAUCGAGAAAUAUGGUGUUCAAGUGAAGGAUUCAAGUCCUUCAACACAAAAUUAAUGAGGUAUUCUGGCAGUAUGGCUGCUAUGAGCAUGGUGGGAUAUGUACUGGGUCUAGGAGAUAGGCAUCUAGAUAAUAUUCUUAUAGAUUUCAGCAGUGGUGAUAUUGUUCAUAUAGAUUACAAUGUGUGCUUUGAUAAGGGGCAAAGGUUGAAGGUUCCUGAGAUAGUCCCAUUUCGGCUUACCCAGACAUUGGAAACUGCUCUAGGAUUGACUGGAACUGAAGGAGUAUUUAGAGCAAAUUGUGAAGCCGUAAUGAAUGUACUGCAGAAGAACAAAUCUACAUUGUUAAUGUUACUUGAAGUAUUUGUCUGGGAUCCUUUAGUGGAAUGGACACGUGGAGAUAUUCAUGAUGAGGCAGCCGUUGGUGGUGAAGAGAGAAAGGGUAUGGAAUUAGCCGUCAGCUUGAGUUUAUUUGCUUCUCGAGUGCAAGAAAUCCGUGUUCCUUUGCAGGAGCAUCAUGAUCUUUUUCUAUCUACAGUGCCGGAAGCAGUAUCUGCACUUGAGAGAUUUGCAGAUGCACUUAAUUGUUAUGAGGUUGCGUCAGCGUUAUUUUAUCAUGCUGACCAGGAAAGGUCACGUCUGCUCUUGCAUGAGUCAUCUGCUAAGUCAAUUGUUGCUGAAGCAACGUCAGAUUCAGAACAAAAACGGGCAUCCUUUGAAAUUCAGGCUUGUGAACUUGCUCAAGCAAAAGCUACGGCAACUGAAAAAGCUCAAGAAGCAGCUAUGUGGAUGGAGCAUCAUGGAAGGGUCCUUGAUGCCCUUUGCAAUGGCUCAGCUCCUGAGCUCCAGCCAGGCAUAAGGUUUAGUACCCUUGGGGAGGCCUUGUCUCUUACUUCAGCAGUUCUGGCAGCAGGUAUUCCUUUGUCAAUUGUUCCUGAACCUACAAAAGUUCAAUGCCAUGACUUGGAUAAGGAAGUAGCUCAGAUAAUAGCUGAUUUGGAUUCUGAUCUAUCUAGUGCUGUAACAUCUCUGCAAACAUAUGCUUUAGCAUUGCAGAGAAUUCUACCACUGAAUUAUGCAACCAGUAGUAAAGUUCAUGGAUGGGCACAACUUCUGCAACUUGCUGUGAAUAAUCUUUCUUCUGAACUUCUUACUUUAGCAAGAAGACAAGCUGCAGAUCUUGCUCUCGUGCGAGGGGACAAGCCAGAUUUUAUUCAUCAGAGGUAUGAAGCUCUUCAUCAUGAUAUCGAAUCCACUAUCAACGAGAUAAAAAAGGUUCAAAAAGAGUGUUCUGAACUUGAGAGUUCCAUUGAUUUGGAGACAGAGAUAAAAUCCAAGGACCGGCUGUUAUCUGCUUUUUCUAAAUAUAUGCAAUCAGUAGGCCAUUCAAGGAAAGAAGAGGAGGAACCGUAUCUUGUUUCUAGUCAGACCAAGCGACAUGACGGGAAGGAUCUCAAAACAAUUCCACUAGACAUUGAAGACAAGAAGUCAAAGGUUUUAUCUGUUUUACAUCUUGCUGUGGUCGCACUUUAUAAUGAGGUUAAGACCAAAGUCUUUGAGAUUUCAGCUAUUGUUACUGGAGGAGUUAUGUGGAGCUCUGGCACAGAUGCUUUGCAUUCUAAUUCAAAAUUAUGUUAUUGUGAGCUGGAGGAGCAGAUAGAAAAGUGUACACUUGUUGCUAGCACUGUUCAUGAAAUACAUGAGCUAAGUAGCUUAAAUGUUUCCAAAAGGGCUCUUGGUUCAGGAAGUACAUUACCUGCUGCUGAAGGAAAUUGGGCCUCUAUUUUUCAAGCCAGUAUUCAGGCAUCCAGGAAUCUGGUUGAGCAGAUGACUCGAUCUGUCCUUCCGGAGAUUACAAAAUCUAUUAUUUCACAAAAUUCAGCCGUAAUGGAGGCCUUUGGAUCUUUGUCACAGAUACGUGGGUCCGUUGACACAGCAGUAGAACAGCUUGUUCAGAUUGAGUUAGAGAGGAUGUCCUUAUUGGAGCUUGAGGAGAACUACUUUAUGAAGGUUGGAUUAAUUACUGAGCAGCAAUUGGCACUUUCAGAGGCUGCUCUGAAAGGCAGAGAUCAUCUUUCUUGGGAGGAGGCAGAAGAGCUUGCAUCUCGGGAGGAAGCUUGCAAAGCGCAGCUGGACCAACUUCAUCAAAUGUGGAACCAGAAGGAUGUACAUGCAGCUUCGCUUAGAAGGCGAGAAUCUGCUGCGAGAAACACAAUAAUUUCUGCUGAACAACGGUUUUUAAAUGUUGUUACUGUAGAGCAAGGUGGAGAUUUGCAGCUUGUUAGGAGCAAACUACUUCUGGCUGCACUUAUGAAUCCCUUCUCUGAUUUGGAAUCUGUGGACCGAUUCCUGUCACUAUUUAGCAUGGAGGCUUCCAAGGAAACCUCAAUCAGUAUUCCAGAUGUUUCAAGUUCUGGAUAUCCUUUGGUAGAGACGAUCUGGAAGGCUUCUGGUUUAUUGAAAAACCAUUCUUUCUUUAUCUGGAAACUUUGUGUUGUUGACUCUUUUCUGGAUUCUUGCCUCCAUGAUGUAUCUUCUUCACUUGAUCAUAACCUUGGCUUUGACCAGCUGUGUACUGUUCUGCAGUUGAAGCUGGAACUUCAGCUUCAGGCCUACUUGGAUCAGUACCUACGAGAACGGGUUGCACCUGUCUUCUUGGUAUUGUUAGACAAAGAAAUUGAGUUCCUAAAGCAUCCUAUUGAAGAAUCCAAGGAGUUCACACCUGAUCAGGUGAACAGAGAUGUGGCAGUGAAGCGGGUGCAGCUGAUGCUUGAAGAAUAUUGUAAUGCACAUGAGACUGCCAGGGCAGCAAAGUCUGCUGCAGUAUUUAUGAAAAAGCGUGUUAAUGAGCUUACUCAGAAUCUCCAAAAGGCAAGCUUGGAAUUGAUCCAGAUGGAAUGGUUAAAUGACUUAUCCUCACAAUUUGUCCAAAAUGAUAAAAUAAUAUCUCACCAUUAUUUUUCUGAUGACAAGUUGUCACCCCUUAACUUAAAUCUUAACAGGCAUAAGCUCUUGGAAAGUAUACGAUCCUCCGUGUCACAGGUUGCUAGGUUACUAGACAGUCUGAAAACUUGUGAAAGAACUGCUGUUUUAGUUGAAGGCCAGCUUGAACGGGCCAUGGGAUGGGCAUGUGCAGGCCCGAACACAAGCAGCUCAGUAGGCAAUGUAUCAAAGGGUUCAGGAAUCCCAUCUGAAUUCCGUGAUCACCUAAACAGACGAAGACAAUUGAUGCAGGCUGCUAAGGAGCAAGCAACUGAUAUUCUGAAGAUAUGUGCUUCUGUUAUAGAGUUUGAAGCUUCCAGAGAUGGUAUCUUCUGGAAGCCGUUAGAAUCUCCUGGGAAAACUUCUGAUGGCAGAACUUGGCAACAAGCAUAUCUGAAUAGUUUGACAAGAUUAGAUGUGUGUUAUCAUUCUUUUACACGUGCUGAGCAGGAAUGGAGGCGAGCUCAGAGUAACAUGGAGGCUGCAACUAGUACCCUGUUUUCUGCAACCAAUGAUCUGCAUAUUGCCUCUGCUAAAGCUGAUUCUGCUUCAGGUGAUCUGCGUGCAGCACUCGUGGCUAUGCGAGAGUUUGCAUGUGAAGCAAGUGAUGCAGUAUCUGCUUUUGGACGUGUUGCAAGGGGGCGUGCAGCUUUGACAACAGAAUGUGGUUCCAUGCUUGAAGAGGUCCUUGCGAUAUCUGAAGGUAUACAUGAUGUGCAUAGCUUGGGGAAAGAAGCUGCAAUACAGCACAAAGCCCUUAUGGCCGACCUUGCUAAGAUAAAUAUGCUCCUUCUCCCACUUGAGCCGAUGCUAGCUUCAGAUGUAGCAUUGAUGAUUGAUACCGUUCCAGAUGAAACAGAGAGUAUGAUUGAAUAUGCUUCAAACCAUGGUAAAAAAUUAUGUCAAAAAUAUCAUUUAAGAAUCCAGGAAUCUUGUCAAUCUUUGCAACCUAUUAUUUCACCAUUCCUGUACUCUGUGAGGGAACUUCAUGCCAUGUUGAUGAGGCUCGCAAAGUCUGCAAACCUUCACGCAGGGAAUCUCCACAAGGCACUUGAAGGGCUAGGAGAUAGCCAGGAAAUGAGGUCUCAGGAAAUUGAUCUGUCAAGGUCAGGACUUUCUGGGGAUGGACCAUUAAUAGCUAGCAGUGAUAAGGAUAUUUUUGAGUCUGGCAUUAAAGAUGGAGAUCAGGAGGUUAUCAGUUCAAAUGAAUUUUCCUUGCCAGAUGAGGAAUGGUUAUCUCCACCAGGCAGCAUAUAUAGCUGUACCACACAGUUGAGUUACUCUUGUACUGAGGGUACUCGCAUUGACGAUUCAAGUUCUGAUGAUAAUCCAAAUUCUACUAAAGCCAAGGAGCAAGUGUCUUAUGGUGCCCAUAUUGAAGCAAAUGGGGAUGAUUCUGGAGUUCUUUCUCUUAUUGAUAUUGAUGAGCAAAUAAGCUUAUCUGGCUUGAAGACUGAAUCCCAGGAUAUGGAAGGAAAUAAAUGUGAUGCCAGUGUGGUUGCAACUGAUGUUCUGUUGGAAUCUAGGCAAACUUCAGCACCUUCUUCAUCAUAUUCUGAUAGCCAGCUUUCCGUAGCAUACAGUACAAGGAAAGAUAUUCCUGGCACGCCUAAUGCUUCAGAUGGAAAAAGGAGGUCUGUAGUCGAUCUUCUCAAAGAGAAAACUGACAAGAACAAUGACCAAUCUUCAAAGGUUGGCUCCAAAGGCUGGGUUCAUAAAAGAAAGAAUGCAUAUGCAUUAUCUGUGCUAAAGCGUGUAGAGAUGAAACUGGAUGGUUGUGGCAUUGAUGGUGACAGGUCACUGAGUAUUUCUGAGCAAGUGGAUUAUCUUCUUAAGCAGGCGACUAGCAUAGAUAAUUUAUGUAACAUGUAUGAAGGUUGGACGCCAUGGAUAUAAGAAAUAUUUUGGAUCAUUCUCGCUGCCUUUUGUUGGUAGUGGUUCGAAUGUGUCAUCUAUCUCUGAGAAAAAGACAGAGAAGGAAUGGUGGUGGUGGUGUUGGCGAGCAGGUCACCAUGCCAUGUGGCUCAGCAAGCGUAAGAAUCCGAAUUUGUGUUUGCCAAAUUUGGAUGCAGUGUAACAAUCCGAUCCUCAUGUCAGCUAGCUUAUACUAACAUCCAGUUUCUGUUGGCAAGCCAUGAUACGGCACUCUGAAGCCUCAUUUCUAUUGAAGUUAGCUAGAUUGAGAUGCCAUUCCGUUCUAGGCUUGCCCUCAGCCAAGCUGAUCGUCAAGGACUUUGUGAAGAUUGGUACUGUUUCAGAAAGAAUGGUGUACCCAAGCAUGCUGCAAGUACCCUCUUGUGAUGCUGCCAAUUUUGGUUGGAUGAAUUUCCCAUGCAAUUUAACAUCUGGACGAGUUGUGACAUUGGAGGCUUGGCAAGACAAGGAACGGGCAGCUUUGAUAGCAUUUCCAAGCCGGACGUGAACAAAGAUAUAACGCAUCAGAAACCAAUCAAAUAAUUAGGAAAGAAGCCAUAACAACCGAAGACCACCUGUCCAGGAAGAAUUCAUGAUGCAACUUCCACAACAGGCUUUCAGCUAAGCACUUAAGACAAAUUCAAAGAAUUAAUCAAAUGACCAGAGUCUGCUGACAGCGAUUUCCUGUCGUCGAGACAAGCUCAAAUACUACAUCUCCGACUCCUCCGAGUAGUGACUUCAAUUUAUCCGUGAUCCGAGUCGUGAGGUAAAUCUCCAGGUUUCGAGAAGACGUUGAAGUGCGCUUUAAAUUUUACCAACAGUCAAAAGCCGUGCUCAUUUUUUGUAGCGUCGAUAAAUAAAUGCAACUACUUUAGGAAGUUAAAAAUGAACCUUCCUAGUCUCAUUGUGUUUGAACGUGGAAAACGAUGGAGCUCAAGAGAUGCUGGCUGACUGUGUUUUGAACCUUUUGAUGUUCUCCUGUAUGUUGACAGAGGUAUGUUAACAACCAAUAAAUUGAAAUCACCGGGUAAAACACGUAAAAAACUUGCAGCUUAACGGAUUGUGAUUUUUACUUCUGCAAAUUUUCAUUUAGCGUGAGCCCUUGGAAUUUUCGAUGGCCCAAUACUGACGGGACAAACCGGAAGACGGAGCCAGAUUUCCGCUUGUUUGGUUUUUCCGCGACGGUCGAGCUCAUCUAGUAAACAUGUGCCUGCGUCCCACUCCAUCAUUACUCGGGAUUCGGUUUCUGAUUCGUCUCAGAGCUCUUGGGGAAAGAACGCGUACCGGUGACGUGCACCUUUUGACAUCAAAGAGAAUCAACUUGUGAUAAGAUAUUUUGGGGCUUUUGGACGACACCAUCAUUCAGUCUCGAUUUAUGAAGAUCUGGAUUGCUAAAAAGAAUGUUUUUUAGUAAGUCUGAAAACUUAGUUUAUGUAUUUAAUGGACACCUCAAAAUCCGUGUAUUUAAUUGACAUCCCAAAAUUCAGAUUUUUGUAAAUAUAAUCUAAGAGGGAGUGGUCAAGUUUCUCACUCUCAUGUGGAAGUUAUGUCAAAACAGUUUUGAUGUCACAUAAACAUUCUAAAGGUUCGUUCUGACAUAUUUAUCUAACCUAAUUUUAUAAAAAUUUAGCAUGAAAACAAGUUUUUUAAUGCGUUUUAUUAACUUUUUUUUUUCUUUUUGUUUGGGCGGCAUACUCAAAAUCAGGUUUUUGAAUAACACAAGAAGUUACAGGCUUUUUCAUUCACGUUUACAAAAUCAGGUUUUGUCAAAAUUGAGUUUUCUACGAAUUCAGUUUUCGAUUAAACAUUUCAGGAAAAAAAAAAGUUUUGCCUCCAAAACCUUGUUUAUGAGGUGUGAUGCAAACACCACCUAAAAAUAAUCCUUUUACAAAUAAAACAAAGUCUUACCUCCGAAAGUAUCCAAACAUCUCUUAGAUUCUAGAAUUAAUAUUUUACGAAUGCAACAACCUGUAUCGGCUGAUUUCAUUUGGCCUUAUAUCAGCGGAGUCAAUACCAUCUUUCGUAUUUGCAUGGGCAACGCUCUUAGGGCACCCAGCUCAGCCGUUCUUAUCCUUUUGAGGGGGCCACGUGGGAACAGACGGAAGGGAGUGAAGGAAACAAAGGGAAAGGAUAAGGUAGAACUUUCUGCUCGAAACUCCCCAAACGGUGGGUGGCUUUGGUAGGGGCAGGAAUUGGCCCUCAUCUCAUCACUCUCACUAAAUAAGAUAUCAAACUUCCCAAACGGUGGGUGGGUUGAGACCUUUUCCCAAGAUGGGAGGAAUAGUCCCUUCAUCUCUCCUACCUCAUCUUAUCGCCACGUCUACCGUGGGAAGCAACAAAUCUGUGGGACAGUUCCAAAAUAUCUUGGUAUUUUCCUUCCAGGUGGAAUUUUCUCUACUGUAACCCUCUAGAGAAUCUUGUUGCCCUUCUCUUUUGUUUCAUGCAGCAAGUGGCGAGAGGAGUUUCCUAAACAACUGCUAUCAUCCAACAUCCAAUGGGAGCGCGGUAUUCUUUCUGUCAGCACACUGUAUGAAACUGGCAAAAGUACGCCAGAAGCAAAACCAUGGCAAUGGGCGCCCACAAGCAUAAAGAUACAGUGGUGGUUUUUCUACAGAUCGGUGGUUUCAAGGGUCACCUAUAUAAGCAUCACACCGUCGUCUUUCUCCUCAUCACCGCCUCAAACAGAGAGAGAAAGCGAAGGAGAGAACGCAAGGAAAGAAGAGCAAAGUCUCGUUCUGGUUCAGAAGAGAAAUCUGAGAUUGAGAAUGUCUGCCUUAGUGGAUUUGUGGAGUAACGACCACUCCAAGCUCCAGGCGAAGAGCAUAAGCAUAAUCCCCGGUGGCUCCGACUUCAAAACGACCAAGCAAGCAGAGGAGCAGGCAGCUCGCAAGUCGCCGGAUUUGGCUUCUUCCGACAAGACCGUCGCCAAACUGCUGCACAAGAGCAUCUCUGAGGCCACGCUCUGCAUGCUCUUGGACGUCUUCUCCCCUUAGACUUGCCGCAGUGCCGUUUUCACAGGCAUAUGCUCUACUUGUAGUAGAGAUAUUUUCCGUCUCCGUUCGUGCGUCUUCUCGCCUGUAUAGCUUUUGAUCAUGUGGAGUUGUAUAUAGCAUACACUGUAGUCUCUAUUUUGAAUGAUGAGUAAUCAAUUUCCUUAAAA